GUCGAUUGAAUUACAUUAUGUUUAUGCCAUCCCUUUCCACAUGAUUUGGACACAAGUAAUCAAUUUGCUCUUCAAUUGUUAAUCGAGAGUCAAACUGUGACUCAAACAUAUCAAAAGUAUAUAAUAUUAAUACUGGCGUCAAUAUUAAGUGCAAUUAUGGCCAUAAUUUUGGUCACUCUUUUGGCGGUCCUUACUUUAAGCUCAGCUUCACCAUUGAAAAAGGACUAUGUUGGACCUAGAUGUUUUACUGAUUCUUGCAUAUCAUCAGCGGGCUAUCUAUCGAGUUCAAUGGACUUUUCAGUGAACCCUUGCGAUGACUUCUAUCAGUUCUCGUGUGGCAAAUGGCAAGAAGACCAUCCCUUCCCCGCAAACCUCGACGGUUGGGAUUAUUUCCAAAAGCUAUUAUACUCUAUGCGAACA